CAACCACCAAACACACCACACCCUUGUAGCUGUGAGCACUGACAAUACCUGAGGCCUGAUGCACCACAAUUGAAGGAUAUCUGGAGAAGUAAUUGAAUGAAUGUUACUUCUCUAAUCUGUACUUGCUUUCAAAAGCAAUCCUGCAAACAUCCAUUUCUCUGUUUAGAUCAUAUAUUCUGUGAGGAGAAGUUUCUGGAAGGAGAUGGGUUCAUCUCCAGCCAUUACAAUGGAGAAUAAGGCUGCUUGCAUUUAACUUAUUGGUGCAGCUGUAACAGGGAUUGUGCAUGUCAUCUGAGAUUGUUUAUGUGUCCCCAGGGAGGGAUAAAGGGAUAGAGGGGUGGUAAGAGAAAAUGGUUCGGCAGCAUAAUUUAAUGGGGAAUAUCUUCUGGUUUGUGUACAUGUGUCAGCUGAGGGAGGAUGAAGAAGUUAGAGUUGCGUAUUAUUUCCAGAAUUGGUUUUUCGAAAGUCAAUCAAAGAGCGUAAACAUUUAAGUUUAGCUAGCAAAUCAAAGAAAAGGAAAAUAUAAAUGGUCGCUUAAAUGAUUUAACAUUACUUAAUUUGAUGUGCAUUCAAACUAUUGAUAAAUGGUUACCUUUUCCUUCCAAUUUUAAGCGUAAACUGGAGUGCAAUGAAAGUUGAGUAAUUGCUUUGGGGUGGUUGUAUUCUUUACAUCAAGGAGAGCAAUUGAAGAGAAAGAAUACUACGCAACUUGUGGAUGAAUCAUCAGCCCCAAUUGGUGGCUCUAUGAGCAAUGGUGUUUUCCCUGGGCCCAAGAGAUCUGAUGUAUCGAAGAACCCAAGAUAUAUUGAUACUCGUGUGGACGAGCUAUUUCCUGUCUGAAAAAACAGCAUCAGGCUAAAUUUGAUUUCGAGGAAAGAAAAUGUCAAGGAAUGCAGCAGAGCAAAGUGGUAGUAUUAAAAAAUCUUCUGUGCCUUCAGCAUUUCUUGCUGAGAAUCAACAACAAUUGAAAUGCCCAGAAUCCUUUCUUGCUUCAACUGUAAGUGGAAAAGAUUGUGCAACCAAAACUUGUAGCACAAGUCAAAGGUGCAAUGAAAAUACUUUCCGCAGCGUCACUGAGCUGUCACUGGGAGGUGUAGAUGCACAUGGCUUGUCUACUAUUGAUAUGGAUAAAGCCUUAAAAGGACUCGCUACCCAUGAGCAUCAAGUUGCUUCUGCUAAAAUUGCUGAAUCCUCUGAACCAGAUGGUGGUUCAAGGUCAAAAAUUUUCUCCUCAGAACUCCAUGUCCCAUGUAAGAUGACCCCGUUGGAUCUGACGGUGAAAACUAAUAUACGAGUUGUGUCUGCAUCUUCCAUCAACUGGUUUCAUAGAUUGAUCAAUUGUGGCACCAGCAAUGUGGUGGCAAGGUUUACAUCCUCGAAUUGUUCCACGAGUCAAAAGAUGACCUGCUUUCCUGAAAUGAAUUCUGUUUCCCAAGCAGUUAAUCAUUGGUCAUUGCAUUCCUGGAUGUAUCCGCAGUCUCCUCUACCGCCUUCAGUUAUAUCAGCUUUAACAUUGUCUGCUUCAACGGGAGGGCAACUGGACUUUUUAAGCGAAAGGCAGCUAGCAUGGCAGGAUUCCUUUCGAAGUUUAUAUUACAUGCUUCGGAAGAAUGUUUGCAGCAUCUUCUACGUCUGCACUGCCCAAUUUGUGGUCAUGUUCACCAGUUCUUAUUCUGAGGAAAACUGUGUUUGCAAUGCAUAUAUAUCUCAGUCACCCCGGGGUUUCAGGUCAUCACUCAAAGAACAUGAUGUUUCUUUUUCUAUGCCGCUUUGCCGCUCAAAAUUGGAGGAACUUAGUACAGAAGAGCUGCUUGAGCUUUCAGAGAUUGAGAAACAAAAUCCGGGCCAGACUAGGCGGCGGGGUGCAAUGUCUGAUGUGGAUAAUAGGCCCCAAUCUCUGCUGGCAUUCACUAGAAAUAAGAAUGUUCAUUCUUUAUAUGAUUUUCUACUGAACUAUAGGUAAGCUCGUAGUUGAUAAAAAAG